GUUGAGAGGAUAAAAAAUGCUUCAGGUUACAGUUAUGCCACCAGGAUCUGGGCACCAAGGGAGAAAGUUCUUCUGAAUGCAGUCAACAGGGUGAAGAGACAGGUGGAGAGUAGUUUUUCUACAGAGAGGCCCUGGGACAAGUUUAUUGAAGAAGGGAAGGACAUACUUAGGGGGCAGGAGUCUAACUUUCACCGACCCAUGAUCAAGAGAGAUCGGCUUUUUUACACAAAACCAGAUGGCUCAGUUAUCCAAGUGGAGCAUCCAAGACCCACAGGAUAUGCAGCCAAAAACUUUAAAGAAGGAUGGACAAAUGUUAGAUACGGUGUUGUUGGAUGUGGGCAGAGAGUUGCACGUGCUGAGCCGCUCCGCAGUGACUUUGCAAAGAUGAACGGAAUCAAGGCGUAUCACCAGGAACAUGAUGCUGUUCUGGAAUCCAUUGAGGGAAACCGCUGUGAGAGUUACAUCAUCAUUUUAGGGAUGUGUGAUUACGAGGAUGGAAGCAAGAAGGAGUGGAUGAGUUACGCAGCGCUGGCAGCCGCCGGCUACAUGAAGUCCCUUCUUCUGCAGCUCUAG